UCAAACAUUCAUUUGCAUAUUCCAGAACACCUCUGUGUGAUGUCACUGACAGGAGCACAUUCCGUGUUCUAUACGUCACACCUAAAGAACACGCCGGGAGACACGUUUCAGCAUACAACUGUUGGAUCUACGUUCAAUCGUCGUGUUAGUGAAGUUAGUUAUAUUGUUAGUGAAGUUAUCACAUUCGAAACUUCUGGAGAAUCUUCAUGGAUAAAGCACCUGGAAGGAAGAUUAAGAAUCGCCGCUGUCAGGCUCUCAGGGGAGAUAAAGAGAGCAGCAGCAGCAGCACUCAACAAAAUGCAUCACCUGCAAUGGAUAGCAGGACUCAGAGACCUAAGAGGAAGGCCAGUCCUGAAAAGGAGACCCAAAGAAAAAGGAGAAGGGCCUCUGAGAUGGCUGAACCCUGUGGCAGCAAUAAAGAGGAUGGCAUCGUGAGGAGAGGGAAGAGGAAAGUAAUGGACGACGGAGAGGGGCCAUCAAAGCAGCAGCAGAAGAAGAAGAAGAUGCCAGUAUUCUACCUUCUCAAAAACAACGAGGACUCGGCCUCCACCUCAGUGGACACUGAGAGCAGCGACCCUUUAGAAGGCUGCAGUACAUUUGUGAGCAAGAAAAGCGUUAAGAGAAAGGCCACCGCUGAAGGAGAAGGACCGAAGAAGAAGAGGAGACUGGACCCCAAGGAGACAAAGAAGGAGGUGGAGGAGUCAGUAGAUGCCCAGAGAGCUCAAUUUAAGGCCAAAUACAAACAGCAGAAACAGCUCGGUGAAGGAGGAUGUGGGUCUGUGUUUGCUGGCUACCGCAAAGCAGAUCAUUUACCAGUAGCUAUCAAACACAUACCAAAAAACAAGGUGUUUUGUAAGGAAACGGACCAGAAUGGGAACGAGCUGUCUGUGGAGGUGGCUGUCAUGUUGAAGCUCUCUGCUGAAACGCCUGGAUCAGUGGGGACGUCAGCGCCUGUGUCUCUACUGGACUGGUAUGACCUGGGCCAGAAGCUCAUCCUGGUGCUGGAAAGACCAGUCCCCUGCGAGGACCUCUUCACGUACCUGGAGGUCAAACGAGGCACUAUUCAGGAGGAGGAGGCCAAGAUCAUAGUGAAACAGCUACUUCAAGCAGCAACCGAACUGGAGAAUCAGCGCAUCUUUCACCGGGACAUCAAACUUGAAAACAUCCUCAUUGAGACGGGCUCAGACGUCCCGCGUGUUCGCCUCAUCGACUUUGGACUCAGCUGUUUCUUCAAGAAAAGAUCAGUUUUUCAAGAUUUCUAUGGUACCUGUGAUCACAUCCCUCCAGAGUAUUACAGUCAUUUUACCUACAGCGCCAGCCCCACCACAGUGUGGCAAGUAGGAGUGGUCCUGUUCGAAAUGUUCCACAGACGAGAACGUUUCGAGACCAGAAAGUUCCUGACAAAGAAGCUGAAAAUCAACAAACAACUGUCCGAGAAUUGCCAGGAUUUCUUGAAAAUGUGUUUGACCAAACUCCCAGCGCGUCGCCCGACCCUGGAGCAGCUCCAGCUUCACCCCUGGCUCAGAUAAACCCCCCCCACACACACACACACACACACACACACACACACACACACACACACACUUCAAAUUAUUCAGACCAUACACACCAUACAACAGGUAAGGGCCAAUCUUAUGGAUCAUUAAUGGAUAAUUACUAAUUCCUUUCUCUCUUUUACAGCAAGGAUGAUGCAAAGAUUUCCUUGGACUUUAAUUGGACUUUAAUUGGACUUUAAUUGGACUUUAAUCUGACUUUAAUAGGCUUUUAUUUAACUGGUCUAUAUCAGACUUCUUACAUAACAUUUUUCCCACUUGCAGUUCCUGUAGCACCCCCAGCCGUCCGUGGAGAGGGGAUCUCUCUUUGAAUUGCCUCUCCCGAGGGUUCUUCCCAUCUUCCCUCUAGCCUCGGGAUUUUGGGGAGUUUUUCCUCGUCUUCUUAGAGAGCUUGGGCUGGGUCAGGAUCUGCUGCUGAUAUAGACCCGUGGAACCCAAUCAGCCAUUAUGUUCGGACACUUUCUCACUUAUACCACGGCCGCUUGCCUGCAAAAUGCUAUACACUGUAUAAGCAAGCUAAAGAUACCAGUCACAUACAACUGGUUUUGACCUCGCUUUCCAUAUUGCAACGAAAAUCAAUCAUUUGCCUCGUUCUCUCUAAGAAAAUAUUUACUC